AAUCGAAGGCAGGUACGUCAACCAAAACAAAGGAUGUUCCUGCACUUGCCUUCACCUCCGCAAUGUUUCUAAAACGGAAACUUUACUGACUGACUGUUCUUUUGCAAUGAGGAAAGAUUGGGGCUAGAUGUAGCGGGGUGCAUAUCCCCCAUACAAGCAGGUAAACCUUGACUCUUUACAGCCACACACAGUACCAUCAGCCGACCAUUGACCGUGUCUGUAUAGUAUUGACCGUGUAAAGUGAUCUUAUGCCUUUUGAUAAUCUCACCGAGAAGCCCUUCUCCAUCAUUGCGGGGAAGAAAGAAAAAGAUUUAUAAGGAGGCCACUUCCUCCUCCUCUCCAACAUUUCAUUCGUCACACAUCCUCCUUCUCCUACAUCAUCAUCAUCAUGGCUCAUCUCGACAACGCAGAAGAAGUCGCUCGUAUCGAUUCAAAGGCAGCCGCCAAGAUUGCCUCCAACGUUCAAGAUUAUAAUGAACUCGUUCAUGAUGCUGCUGAAGCAGCACACGAAGAAAAGGCAAUGGGAGUUAUGGAAUCUAUUCGUGCAUACCCAAAAGCCGUUUUAUUCUCAGUCGGUAUCUCAUUAGCCAUUGUUAUGGAAGGUUACGAUACCAUUCUUUUGGGUAACUUUUACGCCCAACCAGCAUUCCAAAAGAAAUUCGGUGUUUGCGAUGCUGAAGGCAAAUGUCAAGUCACUGCACCAUGGCAAGCAGGAUUGAGUAACGGAAGUCAAAUUGGUUCACUUCUUGGAUUGCAAUUGGUCGGUUGGCUAAGUGACAGAUUUGGUUACCGUAAAACAAUGAUGGGUAGUUUAGCACUCAUGACAGCUUUCACUUUCUUACCCGUCUUUGCCGAAAAUCUCGUAACACUACUCAUGGGUCAAAUCUUGCAAGGUGUACCAUGGGGUAUCUAUCAAAGUUUGGCCGUCGCUUAUGCUGCUGAUGUCUGCCCAGUCUCUCUUCGUCCAAUUCUUACAACCUAUGUUAACUUAUGUUGGGUCAUGGGACAAUUGAUCGCCGCUGGUGUUUUACGUGCAACUGUUGAAAGAACCGACAAAUGGGCCUACAAGAUCCCUUACACUCUUCAAUUUAUGUGGAUCCCUCUUGUUUUGACUGUCGUUUUACUCGCUCCUGAAUCACCAUGGUAUUUGGUUCGUGCCGGUCGUUUGGAUGACGCUGAAAAGUCUAUUAUGAAAUUGCAAGGCAAGAACGCAUCAUCCGAAAGUGCACGCAAAACAGUUGCAAUGUUGAAGCACACUGACGAAUUGGAAAAGACUGUUUCUGCUGGUGCUUCUUACUGGGAUUUAUUCAAAGGUACAAAUCUACGUCGUACUGAAAUCGGUGCAAUGGCAUGGUUGGUUCAACAAUUCUGUGGUUCUCCUUUAAUGGGAAUGAGUUCUUAUUUCCUCAUUCAAGCAGGUUUGCCAACAACUCAAGCAUUCAACCUAACAAUCGGACAAUUCUCAAUCGGUGCAGUUGGUACAAUCUCUUCUUGGUUCAUUAUGAGAUGGAUGGGCCGUCGUACAAUCUACCUUGUCGGUCAAGUUAUCAUGAUCUUGAUCUUACUCGCUGUUGGUGUGAUCAACGUUGCAGGCGGUACACCUUGGGCGAUCGGUGCGUUACUUCUUUGCUUCACAUUCACAUACGACUUGACUGUUGGUCCAGCUUGUUACUCUCUCGUUGCCGAAAUUCCAAGUACAAGACUUCGUGCAAAGUCCGUCGUCUUCUCGAGAGGAGCCUACAACCUUGCCGGAAUUUUGAUUAAUGUUAUCAACCCAAGAAUGUUGAACCCCGAUGCAUGGAAUUUGAGCGCAAAGAGUGCAUUCGUUUGGAUGGGAACUGGCUUGUUCUUCCUUGUUUGGUCUUACUUCAGACUUCCAGAACCAAAAGGACGCACUUACGGAGAACUCGACAUCUUAUUCGAAGCAAAAGUUUCCGCUCGCAAGUUCAAGAGCACACAAAUCGACGAAUUCGGUCACUUCAACGUUGCACACCAGUCUGGUGCAGCAGUUGUCUCUGAUGACUCUUCUGAAAAGAAGAGCGAAAAGGGUGAUGUCGUUAACACUCUCAGCUACACUCAUGCUUAAAUGAUAUCAUCAUUGUAUAUAAUGAUUCUAACGAACUGUUUCAUAAUCACACUUCUUGUCAUGUUUUCUUUGUUUCUCUUUUCUAUAUCAAUGUCAUGGGC